AUGACAUGGAAAUUAAUAAGUGAAAUUACCGGUUCUAAAUUGAGUUCUAAUGAUAAUAUUAUCAAACUAAAAAAUAAUGACUGUGAAAUAAAUGCAAAAAAUGAUCCAAUAACUGCAUCUAAUAUGUUGAAUAAUUUCUUUAUAAAUAUCGCACUGAAUAGUUUAAAUAAACCAACCAAUCACUUCAGGAUUAAACCACGUUCAUAAAAACGUUUAAUGAUGUAUACCAAAAAAAAAAAAUGAUUCGUCGGACUUACUUGAUAUGAUUAAUAGUCAAGGACAAUACAGCUGCAGGUUUGGAUAAGGUGUCCGUCAAUAUUUUAAAACGUAUUAGUAAAUUUGUGGUGCAUCCUCUUGCCUAUAUAUAUAACUUAAGUAUUGUUAAAAAUAUUUUUCCUGAAACCUUAAAAGUAGCAGAUGUUAAACCCUUACUUAAAGGUGGUAAUAAAUCAAAUAUGAACAACUAUAGGCCGGUAUCCAUGAUGAGCAUUUUUUCAAAAAUAUUUGAAAAAAUUAUCAAAGCUAGACUGAUAGAGUUUUUAGAAAAAAAUAAAUUAUCAAAAAACCAGUUUGGCUUUAGACCAGGUUUAAGCACUGAUAAUGCUCUUUAUAAAGUUGCUCAAUUUUUAUAUAGUAAUUUAGAUAACAGCAAUAAAUCAAUAUCAAUUUUUUUAGACCUAGCCAAGGCUUUUGAUUUUGUGAAUCAUGAAAUUUUAUUAAAUUUAUUACCAAGUUUUGGAAUAAAUAACUCGAGCCUAAACUCUAAACGUUUCAUUACUUUUAAAACGGUUAAACUCAAAAACUUAGUACCAAAUCAAACAAUAAAAAUAAUUUACUUUGCACUUUAUUAA